GUCCGGUCGACUCGCUCCGGCGCCAUUACUGUGUGGCUUUACUCCUACAGGCAGAACAUGGCUCACAACUAUGUAGUGACGGCACACAAGCCAACAGCCGUCAAUGCAGCGGUGGUUGGCAAUUUUACAGCAGCUGACGAUCUGAAUUUGAUCAUUGCCAAGAACACGCGGCUGGAAAUUCAUGUUGUAACUCCGGAGGGACUGCGACCCCAUCUCGACAUCGGAAUAUAUGGACGAAUUUCUGUCAUGGAGCUCUUUAGACCGGCGAAUGAACCCCAGGACCUCUUAUUUAUUUUGACUGCAAGGUACAGGGUAUUCAUUCUUAGUUACAAACCAGAGACUGGUGAUGUUGUUACCAGGGCUUGUGGAGAUGUCCAGGAUCGAAUUGGCAGGCCAUCAGACACAGGUUUGAUUGGUAUUAUAGAUCCACAGUGCCGUAUGAUCGGUCUCAGACUUUAUGAUGGACUGUUUAAAGUUAUUCCUUUGGAGCUGGACUCAAACAAAGAACUCAAAGCAUUUAACAUAAGACUUGAAGAGCUUCAUGUGAUUGACAUUGCAUUCCUUCAUGGCUGCCAAGUCCCUACAAUUGUUUUUAUUUAUCAGGAUCCUCAUGGUCGCCAUGUCAAAACAUAUGAGAUUAUACUCAGAGAUAAAGAGUUCAACAGAGGUCCUUGGAAACAAGACAAUGUGGAGGUGGAGGCAUCAAGAGUUAUUGCAGUUCCAGAACCAUUAGGUGGGGCUCUCAUUAUUGGACAAGAGUCAAUAACAUACCAUAAAGGAGCUAAUUAUCACGCUAUCGCUCCUCCUGCUCUGAAGCAAAGCACCAUCACGUGCUACGGGAAGAUCGAUGCUAAUGGCUCACGGUAUCUCUUGGGUGACAUGAAUGGACGUCUCUUCAUGUUACUUCUUGAGAAGCAAGAGCUAAUGGAUGGAAGCAUUGAAGUCAAAGAUCUCAAACUGGAACUUCUAGGAGAGACAUCAACUGCACACUGCCUUACAUACUUGGACAACGGAGUGGUUUUCAUUGGUUCUGCUCUGGGAGACUCACAGUUAGUUAAGCUCAACACAGAGACAAAUGAGGAUGGUUCACAUGUUCAUGUGAUGGAAACAUUUACAAACCUAGGUCCUAUUGUUGAUAUGGUAGUGGUAGAUUUAGAAAGACAAGGUCAGGGGCAGCUUGUGACAUGUUCUGGUGCGCUCAAGGAAGGUUCAUUAAGAAUAAUAAGAAAUGGAAUUGGUAUUCAUGAACAUGCCACAAUAUCAGAUCUGGUUGGCAUAAUGGGCAUUUGGCCCUUAAGAUUACGAAAGACAGCGAAGAAUUUUGACGAUGCAUUGCUGCUUUCCUUUGUUGGGCAGAGCAGACACUAUUUCAGUCAGGUUAAUAAAAAUGUAUAUCUUUCAGAAAUAAUUCCUCGUUCUAUACUGAAGACAUCCUUUGAAGGCAUUCACUACCUGCUGUGUGCACUGGGAGAUGGAACCUUGUUUUAUUUCACAAUGGAUCCAAACACUGGAUCCCUCUCUGAGAGGAAGAAAGUGACCCUUGGUACACAGCCUACUAUGCUAAGAACGUUCAAGUCACUGGCUACAACAAAUGUGUUCGCUUGUUCUGACCGGCCAACAGUGAUCUACUCUAGCAACCAUAAACUGGUGUUCUCCAAUGUUAAUCUCAAGGAAGUGAACUACAUGUGCCCACUGAACUCUGAAGGAUUCCCAGACAGUCUUGCAGUAGCCAGUGAAGGGGCGCUGACGAUAGGAACAAUUGAUGAAAUUCAAAAGCUUCACAUUCGAACCGUUCCCUUGGGAGAGACACCAAGACGUAUUGCAUACCAAGAUUCCACGCAAACGUUUGGUGUGAUUUCAAUGCGUAUCGAGGUCCUGGAUCCGGCGACAAAUACCACCCGACCCCUCCACUCCAGCGCCAGUACCAUGGCUCAGAACAUCACGUCCAGUGUAACGGCUGCCAUGCCGGGCACUUCCGCCCGAAGUUCAGCAGGAAACAGAGGCGCUGCCGACGGUAUCACAUUUGGUGAUGAGGUGGAGAAAAGCAGUCUGUUGAUCAUUGAUCAGCACACCUUUGAAGUGACCCACGCCCACGAUCUUCAAGAUCAUGAGUGCGCCACGAGUCUAAUAUCGUGUACGUUAGGUGAUCCAAACAGCUCUUACACCAGUGGAACAUCUAACACCUACUACUGCGUUGGAACUGCAUACGUCUUCCCUGAAGAAGCUGAACCUAAAACAGGACGGCUGGUCUUAUUCCAGCUAUUGGACGGAAAACUUGUUCAAGUUGCUGAGAAAGAAGUGAAAGGAGCCGUGUACUCACUUGUGGAGUUCAAUGGAAAAGUUCUGGCUGGUAUUAACAGCACUGUCAGUAUAUAUGAGUGGACGCCGGAUAAGGAGUUACGAGUAGAGUGCAGCUUUUUGAAUAACAUCUUGGCCUUAUAUCUCAAGUCCAAAGGCGAUUUUAUAUUGGUUGGUGACUUAAUGAGAUCCAUGACCCUACUGGCCUACAAGUCAAUGGAAGGAAGCUUAGAAGAGAUUGCACAUGAUUACAGCCCAAACUGGAUGACAGCUGUGGAGAUUCUUGAUGACGAUACUUUCCUGGGCGCAGAAAAUUCGUUCAACCUCUUUACGUGUCAAAAAGACAGCGGUUCAGCGGCCGAUGAUGACAGAUCUUAUCUGCAAGAAGCUGGGCAGUUCCACCUGGGAGAGUUUGUUAACGUAUUUAGACACGGAUCUCUAGUCAUGGAACACCCUGGUGAAGCUUCUACGCCUUUUCAAGGCUGCAUCCUUUUCGGUACCGUUAAUGGCACAAUUGGAAUUGUCGCCCAGUUACCUAAAGAGCUAAGCGCCUUCUUGACGCAAGUCCAAGGGAAACUCAGUAAAGUUAUUAAGAGUGUAGGAAAAAUUGACCAUGGAUUCUGGCGCGCCUUUUCCAAUGAACGGAGAACUGAGCCUGCGAUCGGCUUCGUGGACGGAGAUCUCAUCGAAAGUUACCUAGACCUCCCGCGGGCAAAGAUGGAAGAGGUGGCCGUGGGACUUCAAAUUGAUGAUGGUAGUGGUAUGAAGAAAGAGUGUACUGUCGAAGAUCUGGUGAAAGUUGUUGAAGAAUUAACGAGGAUCCAUUAAUAGUGUGCUUCCCACCGCACGUAAUUAAAACUUUACAGUCAAUAUAAAUACUUGAGUUCCACUCGGCGGAUGGUCUGUGUCAUUGAUGCCAGCGGCAGUAAGCGCCACCAAUGGGCACUUCAUAUAGGACUAUCGGAAGGUCUGAUGAAGUGCUUUGUCAUAGUCUUUGUACAUGUAUUUCAUUGGAAUUGUUUGCUGUGGAUUUAUGAUUCAGAUGCUUACAGCAGUGGUGCUGCGUUUUGUUGUGAAAACCAGGGAUAUUCAGCUCUGCGCCCUGGGAUCACAGUUGUUAAAGUACUUGGUGUGAACGCCCCUUUUUUUCGGUCCGACUCCCGUCUUCGUGACCUUAGUGACCGCGCGAUUUCCGUCGGAUAGGUUGCUAGGCAACCGAACGUCACGUGUUUUUAUGGUGACGUAAGCUUGGCAGCUUUCGCAGUAAUCACGAAUGCUAUUUUAUGUUGAAGAACAGUAAUGGAAACUCUUCGAAAGCAAGAACUUGCUCAAAAGCAGUUGCAUGUUGAUGAAGCUCUUUUUUGGUUGUUAAAAACGGGCUAUUUACACUGGCAACUUCUCUACAGGAAAAGCUCUUUAGUUGCGUGGUUUCCUCAGCUUAAAACCAGAGCAAAGCAAGAGAUGCCUUUAGGGAAAUUGUGGUUUUUUAAGUGUCUUAAUCUUGAACGUUUGGUUUUACGCUUUGCUACUCUGAUACAGUGAGUAUUUAGAGAUAAGACUUCAAUCAUAGCGAAACAUGUUGUACCAUAUUGUUCUUUAAGAGCCAGGCUUAUUAUUUUCUUUUAAAUGUAUGCAGAUGCCUGUAAAAUUGAUUUGAAUCAAAUAAUUUAUAACAAAUAUGUAAAAUUCCUUAUCUAAUAAACUUCAUCUUUUAAAGGAAACUGA